AUGUCCAAAUGGAAAGAGGAAUAUGCCAUAUCCCUCCAGGAUGUCGAGCUCAAUAACCCAGUGAACAUGGAGCUGGUCCAGACAUGUUCACAAAUGGCCGACCGGAUAUCUGCGCUCGAAGCAGAAAAGGCCGCUUUACAGGCUCGUGUGCCCGGCCCCAAAGACGACACCACAGCGGCCCCGACGACGAACCUCGACGACCCUGGCCUGGCCCAACUACGCCUUGAACUCACCGAGGCUCUGCGCUCAAAAGGUGUCGCGGAAGCGCGUUUACGAACAGCCGAGGAGGAGCUGGACAAGCUUCGUGUACGAACAAAGAAGGAGACCAAAACCAUCACGGCGCUGGAUACCGAACGAGCUGGCCUCACGACGAAGUUGAAGGACCGGGACCACGAACUCCGUGAGAAACGGAAACUUCUAGAGCAAGUCCAGGAUGAGAUGAUCGCGUUGAAUCUACAGCUGUCAAUGGUCGAGAAAGAAAGAGACAAAGUCAAGAAGGAGAACAAAGAACUCGUCGAUCGAUGGAUGAAACGUAUGGCCCAAGAGGUGGAUGCGAUGAAUCUUGCCAACGAACCACUCUUCGAGAAGGGCACAUGA